GCACACGCCGAGGAACCCACUGCGCGGCUGCAUCGGGCGCUGCUUCUCUGCUCUGCUCGGGGGCAGCGUUUCCCAUCCACGCAGCUAGCCCGCUGCCCUUUUCUUUCUUUCAGGCACCCAGGUCGCAAUGCCAUCGUUUCCCACAGAAGCUGGGAUGGACACCUUGGCUUGCUCUCACUUCUCAGCCAGCUGCACACCCAAUGGAAUUCCGGAGAAGGAGCCUUGCAACUCCCCAGAGAAGGAGAGGAAGUGGAUCAGGCCUGACAUUCCAAGCAAGUGUACCUGGGAGCUUGGGAAAUCUCCUUCUGAGUCGCCCCAUCGCCAUGUUGCAAGAUCCGAGACUCCAAAAAUUAUGCCAGACAUCCUCAAGAAGAUUGGCGAUACUCCCUUGGUGCGAAUCAACAAAAUUGGGAAGCUCUUUGGACUUAAAUGUGAACUUUUGGCAAAAUGUGAGUUUUUCAAUGCUGGAGGGAGUGUGAAAGACCGAAUCAGCCUAAGGAUGGUAGAAGAUGCUGAAAGGGAUGGGAUUCUGAAACCUGGAGAUACCAUUAUCGAACCAACAUCAGGAAACACAGGGAUCGGACUGGCUUUGGCAGCUGCAGUGAAAGGCUACCGCUGUAUCAUCGUCAUGCCAGAGAAAAUGAGCAUGGAGAAGGUGGAUGUUCUGCGAGCUCUUGGGGCAGAAAUUGUGAGGACUCCAACUACUGCUAGAUUUGACUCUCCAGAAUCUCAUGUUGGCGUGGCGUGGAGACUGAAAAAUGAAAUCCCUAAUUCCCACAUAUUGGAUCAGUACCGCAACGCCAGCAACCCACUGGCCCAUUACGAUUCCACGGCUGAGGAGAUCCUGCAGCAGUGUGAUGGUAAUGUAGACAUGAUUGUAGCUGGAGCGGGUACGGGAGGCACCAUCACUGGCAUUGCCCGAAAACUAAAGGAGAAAUGCCCAGAAUGCAAAAUUAUAGGUGUUGAUCCCGAAGGAUCCAUUCUUGCAGAGCCUGAAGGACUAAAUAAUACAGACACGACAACUUAUGAAGUGGAAGGGAUUGGAUACGACUUCAUCCCCACUGUUCUGGACAGAUCAUUGGUGGACAAAUGGUACAAGUGUAAUGAUGAAGAAUCUUUUGCCUGUGCGCGCAUGUUAAUCAGAGAUGAAGGAUUGCUGUGUGGUGGCAGCUCAGGCAGUGCUAUGUCUGUUGCCGUCAAGGCUGCCAAAGAGCUGAAAGAAGGCCAGCGCUGUGUUGUCAUCCUUCCGGAUUCUGUCAGGAAUUACAUGUCCAAGUUUUUGAAUGACAAAUGGAUGACCCAAAAAGGCUUCAUGAAAGAAGAAGAUGACAUUAUUAACAAGCCCUGGUGGUGGCACUUGAAAGUUCAGGAAUUGUGUCUCUCUGCUCCCCUGACAGUACUACCAAGCGUUACCUGUGAAAAGACCAUUGAAAUACUCAGAGAAAAGGGAUUUGACCAAGUACCUGUUGUUGAUGAAUCUGGAUUGAUUUUGGGAAUGGUUACCCUUGGCAACAUGCUUUCUUCACUGCUUGCUGGUAAAGUGCAGCCAUCAGACCAAGUCAGCAAAGUAAUCUACAAGCAGUUCAAAAAGCUAUCAAUUGAAUCAUCGUGCAAAAUGUAUAAUCUGAUUCGUCUGCAGGACAACUUGGGGAAGCUCUCCCAUAUUUUGGAAAUCGAUCAUUUUGCUCUGGUGGUGCACGAACAGAUUCAGUGGCACAUGAAGGGGCCACAGGAUUUUCUCCACACAUAUGAGGAUCACAGCAAUGGCCAAUCCAGCAAAAAGCAAAUGGUCUUUGGUGUUGUCACAGCAAUCGACUUACUCAACUUUGUGACUGCCCAGGAACGACUAAGAAAGGCAACCUAAUUUCAAGAAGCACAUUGGUGGCAGCUGCUUCAGUAGCUUUUAGGGUUUUAAGUAUCUAUUUUUUUUUCCUUCCCGUUUUUGUUAAGACAAUCUCCAUUUGAUUAUUAUUUUUUAUCUAACCAAAUAAACCAAACAUCAUUAGUGGAACCACAUGGGUUGUAAGCAAGGCUCUGCAGUCAUAACUUCCAGUAUAUUAAGGAGCACACUGAAAAAAGUAAUCCAAACUGAAUUUAUAGUAGUCACCAGGAUCGCUGCUGUUCAGUGAGAGGUUGUCUCCUCCACAAAGAUUGGUUCUCUUUUGCUAUGAUACAGCUGAGCUGGAGAACCCAGAACUGAGGAACUAGCAAUAAUGGCUGGGGUGACCAAACCGUUAAUAUCUCUGAUAGUGGCCACAUGGGGUUCUCCCCAAAGCACACCGUUCCUGCUUUCAUGAGUGCAAUGUACCUUCAAACUCUUCCUCACUAGUGUUGCAGGCUUGGGAGGCCUAGGUGCAACCUUAGUCAUCUCAUUCACAUUACAAACCACCUAGGUGUCGAGGCUGCUGUCUUCUGUACCGAAAACACACAAAAUAACAUCCAGGCCUUCAGUCCUCCCUUACUAGAUGUUUGAUAUCUUCUUCCACACUCUGGGUAAAUUGUGAAGAUGGGGCAGGGCAAGGAAAUAAUUCGACACUGCUUUUUCACUUGUAAGUGGGUACAGCGUUUUUUCAGCUGCACUGCAAAUUAUCUCUUUGUGUUGCCAAUUUACAGUCUGGAUUAUUGUCUGCACAUCGCUCGUAAGGUAAACAGAUGUACAGCAGCAACAUCAAAGAACAUUAAAUUCUCCGUUGCUUUAGGUCAUUGACUCCGCCAGGUGUAAUACGGAGAGUGUUUAUUUCCAUUAAUUUAUUUCCUUGGCCAGUUUGGCUAAUAGACUAUUGAACACCAAAAUUAUUCUAUAAUUGCCGCCCUUUGUAGGCCAAAGAAAGUUUAACAAAUUCCCUAAUCUUUCAUGGAAAGUUUUAAUGAUGAUUCUUAGCUAGACGUAUGUCUGCAUUUGUUACAUUGUGUUGCUUUAUGCCAGCUUCCGUUCUACUUUGCACAUGAGUAAGCUAAUGUUGUGUUGUGUUUGGUUUGGGGUGUUUCAUGUCACACCCCUUACUGGAAACACAUUUGGCUCUUCAUUUACUCAGGUGAAUUUGUUUAAUUGAAUUGAUGUCGUUUUCCCUUCUGCAACUUCCUCUAAUUUUCACUGGAAAUUUUUAAGAAACAUGAUACAGAUACUGUGAUUUAUUUGGGGUUUUUUUUGCCGUUCUAUCUAUACUUGUGUUUUAUGUCAGAAAACCCUCUUGCUACAAUCAAACAUUCAGUGAAAUGUGCAUAACAACAUUGGUUUCAUGUAGAAAACUUGGAUUUAUAUAUAAAACUUAACUCUAGAUGCUUUCAUAAGUGUAAAUUAAGUUUGGUCCAGUUUAUAGCAGAUGAAAUAUCCAUUGUCCAAUAUUUUGUUCAGUAUUGUAAUCAGCAAGCAUUAGCAUUUCAGCAUU